ACUUUUUUGGGUGCAUUCAAUGCACCCGCCUCAUAAUCGUCAUUCUGAGCAGACGAUUCAUGUGAAAACGAUGUCAAUCAUCCCUUGUAGUAUGAUGAACAAGAACCACAUGAAUUUGUACAAAAAUCAAUCAAGGUUCACUUUAAUUUGAAUGAUUCAGGGUUUAGGAAUUUAGGGUUAGGGUUAGGGUUUACAAUUUGGGAUUUUGGGUUUAGAUUCAAAAUUGAAUGUUAAUAGGUUAGGGUAAUGGGUUGAUUAGUUGUGAUUUUAUGUUAUAUCAUCAUAUGAGACUAAUGCUACCCAUUAAAUUUCAAAAUUUGAUGUAUUAUGACCACUUUUAGAGGUGGGUGCACUGAAUGCACCCAAAAAAGUGAGUGCACCAAAGUAGCCACCAUAUAUAUAUAUAUAUAUAUAUUAUAUUAUAGUCGGAUGAAAUAAUAGACAGAUAUGUUUACCAUGGGUAAAAAUAACGUCAGUUGAUACUAAUCGAUCUGGCGAUGAGCUCUGCAAAAUUAGCGAAGGAUAAAACCAUUAUAGUUGGAGCCGUAUAAAUCGGUUUUAUGAAAACGUUCUUCUAGAAGAGGAAGACGAUUCAAUAGGAAAGACUUGAAUUGAUUUAUUUAUUCUAAAAGACAAAUAUAGCACAGCUGGCUGUUCCAUAAAUCAUAAUAUGAUCAGAUAGCAACCGUCCAGAAGAAAACGAAGAUGCCCAAGAAUGGUAAACGAGUUUGCUUAGCACCGUAAAUCAUAAUAUGAUCAGAUCACAAUGACCAUGGUUAAUUUGUAAAGCAACUUGUAAAGUGACGAGCUUGCUUAUAGAUGAUCCCAUCAUUAAGCCUAUGUCUGGUCUCACACUACGCCAGCUCUCAAACUAGAAAGGGAAUCCUUACUAGGAUUCUCAGAGGAGGGUCAAGUAAUACAAGCUUGCGAUAAAAACGUGAGAACGUCAAUAUCAAUGCAGCAGCAGCAUCCAUGUUUGGACAAUGGGAAACAAGAAAGAUGAUGGAGGGUUUGAGGUUGGACAAACCGAGGUAAUUAGAUGCAUCAGUGGCGGCUGCCAAUAUUGAGGAAUAUUCUGUUUGCCCAUAAAUGGAGCCCAAAAUCAAAUGCAAGAGAGACCCAUCCUGGGCAUCAUCUGUGGAGCUUCUGUCAAAACAAGCAGCAAGGCAAACCGGCACAGACAACCAUGGAGAAACAUGAGGUUGUUGAGGGGAAGGUAGACUGGAAGGGAAGACCAGCUCAGAGACACAAACAUGGAGGAACCAGGACGUCUUACUUCAUACUAGUCGGGCUUGCCUGUGAAAACAUGGCCACUGUUGCGCUGGCAGUGAACUUGGUGACUUAUUUCAAUGGGAUUAUGCACAUGGAAGUGGCAGAAGCAGCAAAUCAGCUGACAAACUACAUGGGGGCUAGCAACAUCCUGGCCAUUCUAUUCGCUAUACUCGCAGAUACUUACAUUGGCAGACUCAGAGCUGUCAUCUUUUCAGCUUGCCUCGAGAUGCUGGGACUAGCAUUGCUAGCUAUCCAAGCCCAUCACCCCAAGAUGAAGCCACCCACAUGUAAUGUAUUCAACCCAGCUGAUCACUGUGAGAAAGUCGAAGGCGGAAAUGCUGCAUAUCUCUAUGCCUCUCUCUACUUGCUCGCCGCUGGAUCAGCAGGGCUCAAAGCAUCAUUACCGGCACAUGGUGCUGAUCAAUUUGACGAGAAAGACCCAAAAGAAGCAAGGCAGAGGUCUGGCUUCUUCAACUAUCUGUUGCUGGCAGCGUGUAGUGGCGGUGCAAUCAGCUUAACACUCCUUGUUUGGAUCCAAGACCACAGAGGAUGGGACAUAGGUUUUGGGUUUGGUUGCAUAGGCGUUGCUUUCGGCAUACUCAUGAUAUUGAUCGGCCUGCCUUGGUACCGGAUUCAACUAAUUGAAGGAUCGACCGCCCUUACUGAGAUCGUUCAGGUUUAUGUUGCAGCCUACAGGAACAUAAAACUUCAACUUCCAGAAGACCCUUCCGAGCUCUAUGAGAUAAGCAAAGACAAGGAAGCAGCAAUGGAAGUAGAAUUUCUAGCUCACAGAGAAAUUUUCAAGUUCCUAGACAAAGCAGCUAUUAAUCAACCAUUACCAGAAACAGCAAAAGACCAUUCACCUGCUACUCUCCAAAAACCGCCUAACCCAUGGAGACUAAUCAGGGUCACACAAGUAGAGAACGCCAAAAUCGUGCUGGGAAUGCUACCAAUGUUCUUCUGCACAAUCAUCAUGACCCUUUGCCUAGCUCCGCUCCAAACAUUCUCAAUCGUACAAGGGCUAACCAUGGAUCCCACAAUCACCAAAUCAAUCAAAAUCCCACCAGCUACCCUACCUGUAAUCCCAAUUCUCUUCCUAAUGAUCCUAGUCCCAAUCUACAACCAUCUAUUCGUACCUCUCAUCCGCAAGCUCACCGGCCAUCCCACCGGGAUAACGCACCUGCAACGAAUCGGAGUCGGGCUGACCCUCUCGUGCCUGUCGAUGACCGCCGCAUCGAUCAUGGAAGUGAAGCGCAAGGCGGUGGCGAGAGACCACGGGAUGCUCGACGCCUUGCCGAAGUCGCAGCCGCUACCGAUUAGCACAUUGUGGCUGUCGAUCCAGUUCUUCAUAUUCGGAGUCGCCGACAUGUUCACCUACGUCGGCCUGCUGGAGUUCUUCUACUCGGAGGCUCCCCGGGCGCUCAAGUCCAUGUCGACUUCUUUGCUCUGGAACUCCAUGGCGCUUGGUUACUUCUUGAGCACCAUAUUGGUGAAGCUCGUGAAUAGAGCGACGAAGGAUAGGACGAGAAGCGGGGGAUGGCUGGCCGGAAACAACAUCAAUAGGAAUCAUCUGAAUCUGUUCUAUCUGCUGCUGGCGAUUUUGAGUUUGAUCAAUUUCUGCAUCUAUGUCGUCGUCGCCAGGAGGUACGAGUACCGGCCACAGUCUCACCCGGUUGAAGCUUCUAAAGUUCGUGUGGAUUCCAAUGAGAAGCCGGCGGCGAAGAUUAAAGUGGAAAAUUGACUUGGGCCAGGCUUCGGCCCACUACCAAAAAUUAAGCAAUAUGGUAUUGGGGUGGCAAUCCCAAAUAAAUUGUAUAGUGGGGAUUUUUCCCAAAAUACAAGCCUUCCAAAAGAAUAUUCUCAACACUUACUAAAUGAGAGAAUCAUUGUGAAUUACUCAGUGUACAUUAAACCGUACCGGCGGUUCAACCACGAAAUACCCGUAUCGGAGGCUAAACCAAUAUGCGACAUUUACCGGUAUAACGGUUGAACUACGGUUAAACCACGGUUUUACCAUAAAAUACCCUACCGCUGACUUUCCCGAUACGGUCUCCGGUACGGGUUCAUGGACCAUGGAAUUACUAUGUAGAAUUUAUUGUCGAAUGAAACCUUGUGUUUGAU